AUGGGCAGUCAAAACUCCCUGGACAUCCCUUCUUCUUUGUCAACGGUACAAGUGUCGAUAAUCGACAUCACAUACGCCCCCUUCGUGCCAACAUGGCAAUCCAUGGGUCCUCGAAUCAAGGGCCUGGGGAAGCGGACUGCUCUCACGUAUUCAUUCCUCGUCCAUCAUACGGACGCCUUUGGUAGAGGAGAAAUGGGCGGCGAUAUGCGAGUUGACAAGUGUGUUGAGGAUAUCAUGAAAGAGCAUGGCGUGGCGCGCAACACCGUUGACGCGAUUAUCCGGAGUCACGCACACAUCGAUCACGUCGGACGACCCUCCCGUUUCUCCUUCCGUACUAAACUGGUUGUUGGAUCCGGAAUUAAGGAGGCCUUCUACCCCGGUCUGCCCGCCGUGAAGGCAGCUCCUGUUGUGGUACGCGAGUUUCUCGGUCGCAAAGUGGAAGGACUUACACCGUCGCAGUUCGACCUGGAGAUCGGAGGCCUCAAAGCGCUCGACUACUUCGGCGAUGGCAAUCUCUAUCUCCUCUCCGCGCCAGGACAUGCCCUGGGUCACCUGAAAGCCCUGUCCCGCACUACCGAGGACACCUUCAUCUAUCUCGCAGGUCGCAGGUGA